AAUUAAAGGACUGGAUAUUUGACAAGGGCUGGAUCGCACGCAACAUACAACUCUCCAAGAAGGGCAUCAAACAGUUGCUGAAACGUGCCUUCAAACAGUGGCGCUUCGAUGUGAAAGCAAAUGUCUACGCUGAGUGUGAAAGUCGUGGGGUAUACGACCGAAAAGGCCUCGGAAAUUACCCUUAUCGCGACGACGCCUUCCUAGUCUACGGCAUCUUUGAUAGAUUUAUUGUAAAGUUGCUGCGCCUCUUCUAC